AGUGUGGGAUCUAAUGAUGACGCCAUGCGUGUUUCGCCCACACAUGACAGGAUUUACGCGGCCGGCGGGGUUUUCCACCACUAGGCUCCAGCAGAAACACGGCUGAAAACACCGCUUUAGGGUCCUGUGGGUUAUCAUAAACGGAUAUUUACAUUCCAGCGAUCUCGGAGCCCGUAACCCAGCCGCUGUGCCCGCAUGAAUUCGUUUGUAGGAUGAUGACCAGACCGUACUUGGCUUAUGGACUGAAUGAAGCCCUGCUGGUGGAGGAAAAGCCGAAGGAAAGUGAGAGAACGUGAGAAGGAUGGGAAAGAGAGUGUGGAGUUUUUACCUGGGUGUCUCCACAGCUGUGCUGUAUGGCUCCCUGUCCCUGUUUGUCUCCAUCCUUCAUAAUGUCUUUUUGCUUUAUUAUGUGGACACUUUUGUGUCUGUGUACAAGAUCGACAAAGUCUCCUUCUGGGUUGGUGAGACUGUGUUUCUGAUAUGGAAUAGCCUGAAUGACCCCCUGUUUGGUUGGCUAAGUGACCGCUCCUUCCUUAGCUCUCCUCAGUCUGGAUCUCAGAUCUCCGCUCCAGAGGUGGUGCUAAAGCGGCUACAGUCUCUCUCCAGGAAUGGGCCACUUUUUGCCCUUUCCUUCCUGGCUUUCUGGGUGGCUUGGGCCCAUCCUGGUCUGCAGUUUAUCCUCUGCCUGUGCCUUUACGACGGUUUCCUCACGCUGGUGGACCUGAACCAUAAUGCCCUGCUGGCUGACCUGGCCGUGUCUGCAAAUGAUCGCACACGCCUCAACUUCCACAGCUCCCUGUUCAGCGCACUGGGGUCCCUGUCUGUUUUCCUCUCCUACUCUUUUUGGGACAAGGAGGAUUUUACAUCUUUUAGAUUCUUCUGCGUGACAUUGGCUGCCCUGUCUAUGGUGGGCUUUGCUGUGGUGUCUCGUCUGCUACGCCUUAGGUUCCAGAAGGAGGUUCAGUCACACACGAAUGAAGAGGAAUUACUCAAAGGACUGUGUGUUGGCCAAGCCCCUCUUGCACCAACAGAGAAGCCUGUCACACUUGGAGAGUAUCUAAAGCAGCUUUCCCGCCACAGGAACUUUAUGUGGUUUGUUUCAAUGAACCUUGUACAGGUAUUUCACUGCCACUUCAACAAUAACUUUUUUCCUCUGUUCCUGGAACACCUCUUAUCAGACCAAAUCUCUGCAUCCACUGGUUCAUUUCUGCUGGGCAUCUCUUACAUAGCUCCCCAUCUCAACAACCUUUAUUUUCUGACAUUGUGUCGAAAACUGGGAGUCUACCAGGUUGUGCAUUGGCUUUUUAUAUUGAAACUGGGCCUUAGUAUAGCGAUGCUGUUGGCAGGAGCAGACCAUGUUUAUCUUCUCUGCCUGUUUAUUGCCAGUAACCGAGUGUUUACAGAGGGGACCUGUAAGCUGUUGAACUUGGUCAUAACGGACCUGGUUGAUGAAGACUUCGUUAUCAACCGCCGACAGCAUGCAGCCUCAGCACUGCUAUUUGGCAUGGUUGCCUUGGUAACAAAACCUGGCCAGACCUUUGCCCCCCUAAUUGGCACCUGGCUACUGUGUGUGUACACAGGUUAUGACAUCUUUCAAAGAGACCCUAUUAAGGAUUCUGUGGCAGCUGUGGCUGUCUCAGAUGCUGAGAGCCCUGUUCCGCUGCGUCAGGGCUGCUUUUACCUACUGGUGUUUGUGCCCAUCACCUGUGCUCUGCUGCAGCUACUGGUCUGGUCACGUUUCACCCUCCACAGUCGCAGAUUACAGAGCAUCAAAGCCCAGAGACAGGGUGCCCACCAUGGUCAUCUCCUUGACGUGAAGGCCAUCUGAUACUGCCCACCCCAUUCUUUACUGCCUCACACUGACUGUGAUGGAGGAUGGUGACUGUGACUCUCUUUAAGAGAGAGAGAGAGUGUUUAGUGAAACCUGCCUUAUUUUAUAUGAAAAAGUGUCUGCAUGUCUAUAUUUAUAAACUGUAUGGGACCAAAUAUGAACUGUUAAAACAAUCACAUGUUGUGGGACCAGAUUGAAGAGUAGCAUCUCUAAAUUCACUUCGACUGCACUUUGUUUGUACAGUACAACACCCAAAUAUAUUUUAGCCUCUGGAUCGAACAGUGCAUUACCUACCGAGCCAACUUUUUUUUUUCCUCUGUGGAAAUCUGAGGCCUCUGCCCUGUGUGUUUGUUUUUACAGUGAGAGAUUUUUUUCACAGAAGGCAUGUUUUUCAGCUCAGUAGCAUUCCAGUUUGAGAUGAUCUGCAUGGGUUUUUGCAAAGGAGUCGAGAGUUGCUUGUUAUCAUGAUCAAAAUGCAACAGUCAGUUCGUUGCUGGUGAUUUUUGUGGUACUGUAAUUUUAGCAAAUGUUUACUCUAACAAUUUGUCGCUUAUUUGCUCUCAUAAAAAUAUUUUUAUACCAAAUAUUUCAAACAGAUUUGCUUUGAAAAGAAAAGUGAUAUAGGUUUGUGAACCUGAUUGAUUGUUUAAAUACAAAAAUGAUCCAGAUUUCUUGUUACUCAAAUGAAACAUGGAAGUUCUUUGUGCUAAGUCAAAAUAUUUACAUUUCUAUUUCUAUGGCAUUAAAUCCCUUGUACAACUAGUAAAUGUGAUUACUCCUCUACAUGAGUGGAAAACAUUUUACUGAAAUACUUUCUUUAGAGACUGAUGUUUACUGUUUUGUCACCCGUGUUCUUACUAUUUCCUAUAUUUAUGUUCGAGAAGAUGUUUUGUAUGACUCAGGAAAUUUGACAUUUACAAAAUAAACUUCAUUUAAUAUUA